GGGGAGAAAAUCCAAUAAACUAAACUCCACCCCCCCCCCCCCCCCAACGCGGCUUCCCCCACCGCCAUCUCCUCCGCUCCCUCCCCGGCGACGAGCAAGCACACCGCCGGCGCCGCGGCGGAGAUGAACCCCUUCGCGAAGAAGCCCACGCCGCGAGAGGCGAUCCGGAGCAGCAAACGUGAGCUGACGAAUGCUACCAGAGGUAUUGAGAGAGAUAUUGGAACGUUGCAGCUAGAGGAAAAGAGGCUAGUUGCUGAAAUCAAAAGGACUGCAAAAACUGGCAAUGAGGCAGCAACCAGAAUUCUGGCCCGCCAGCUGAUCAGGCUAAGACAGCAAAUUUCUAAUUUACAAGGUAGCAGAGCUCAGAUUAGGGGCAUUGCAACACAUACACAGGCAAUGCAUGCCAACACUUCAGUGGCUGCUGGCAUGCAAAGUGCAAGCAAAGCAAUGGGAGCUUUGAACAAGCAAAUGGAUCCAGCCAAACAGAUGAAGGUGAUGCAAGAAUUCCAAAAACAGUCAGCACAAAUGGAUAUGACGAAUGAGAUGAUGUCUGACUCCAUUGACAAUAUCUUAGACGAUGAUCAAGCUGAGGAAGAAACUGAAGACCUUGCAAAUCAGGUCCUGGAUGAGAUUGGUGUUGAUAUUGCCUCACAGUUAUCCUCAGCUCCUAAAGGAAGGAUUACUGGAAAGAAGGUUCAAGCUGAUGAAAGUUCAGAAUUGGACGAACUCGAGAAGAGGCUGGCUGCUCUGAAAAAUCCAUAGAAGAGGGAACUUCUCUGUAACCCAACAUUUUACACAAAGACCUGCUCUGUACCUACAUUUCAAAUUCGUGAUACGAAACAAAAUAGUACAUUUGCACCUGUAAAUAUCGGAUGGUUGAUACUUCAACUAUGUGAAGAUGGAUGUGUAUCAACCUGACAAGCCCGAAAAUUCAGUGAGUAAAAAAAAAACGGCUUCUCUAUAAACUUGUGGCACUGUUAGUGUUAGCUCAGUUCUGCAUGGAGAGCUUCAUUUGUCGGCUUAGAGAGUAGGACAUACGUGCUUGUGUGGUUGUAAUUUUGUUUUUGGUGGACGUCUGAUAUAUCAGCUCGUGUUUUUGAUUCAGUGCAAGCUUCUGUACAUUGGAACAAUGCGUCGAUGCAGACAUGAUUCGCAAA